GACACAGCAUGUCGAGGAAGCUGCAUGAUACAGUAUGUUCGAAACAGCGGCAUUAGAUAUCAAUGCCGCGACUCCGACUGAAUCUGUAACCGCAAGGUAAACGGUUCUUAACCACCUUCCUCAUUCAGAUAGGCCUGCUCUUUGUCAAUAAUCGUCCGCAAUUUCCUGUGUUUCUCAGCGUCCUGACCAGGUUGAUAAAUCGAGGGAGAUGUUCGUUAAUCUUAACUUUUCAACUAGAAUUCAAUGUUCAACAGUGAUAUUUCUGUGGCGCUAUGGUUAGUCCACAACAAUUCGCGAAUCUUGAAAAUUCUCCCAAAUGACUCGGAGACAAUACUACAAUUCCCCCCCGCCUUACGAGCAGACUCCUAACCCGUCAGAGGGAACCCCUCUGCUAGGAAAUGCAUCCAAGAGUCGUAUCCGAACAGCAUUGAUUGCGAUCAUCACUGCUUCAAUUGCGAUCAUCAUCUUCGCAUCAGUGUUUAACGCUUGUAAUGACCCUUUAGAUCCGGACGUCCGGGACCGUAUUCGCAAGAAAUGGGAGUCCGAACUUCGCCAGCAUGAGGGAAAAGUACGGGAGCGCGUUGACACCGAAAAGCGCUGGCAUUUCGAAGACAAUGAAAGAAUUCGUCUCCGUGAACAGUGGGGCAGAGAAGUGGAAGACCACAAUCGAGAAGUGAAGGAGAGGCAGAGGCGCGAAGAGGAAGAACGUUUAAGAUUGAAUAUGUUUUGGACCGACUUGGAGUCCCACACAUGCACAUCAUACGCCACUCGAGUGUACACUGCUCGACUGGUGAAUGUUCCAUCAAAUUACAACCGUCGCGUGGAGGCUUGCAUGGCCACACCGGUACAGAUCCACGGGGCUGAAUACACACCCAAGUGGUGUGAGGAUCAUGGUCCAAAUAAUAUAAUGGGUCAUUGGGAAGUCGAGCAGCAGCAGCCGGAUUGCGCAUCAUAUUGGAAUUGGUACAAAGAUCUCGGCUGUGUUUCUCCUGGAUCUGGUCAGCGGCGUGUUGAACAUUACCUUGAAAACCUCCCGGAGGGAGGCGAUUGGAGGGAGUUCUGUGCCACCACUCCUGUAAAUUUCCGUGGGAUGCAUUUCCCAGGCGCACAGUUCUGCUUCGAAAGGAAGGGCGGCAUAUACGGCCACUGGGUUUUUGAUGACGAGCGCUGCAAGUAGUCGGGGCACAAUGCUGGGACGAGCGGAUCAUUUUCCAAUAAUGUUGGAUUUGCUGUAUUGCACCAUUCGAUGUAUUUGUACUUCUAUGUAUUCAUACUUUAGCUUGGAAUCUUGACAGAUGUCUUUCAGGGAGACAGUACUUGACACGGGAUACAAAUUCAUGACU